AUGGACAACGAAGGUUAUGAUAGCAAUGGAAGAAGGAUAUCUUUGACAAUAUCACACGAUGGCGACACCGAGAUAAAUGAGCGCCGGACUGAUCACUGUCAUGCUCCGGUGUCCAGUGAAGAUGUUCUGGCCAAAAAUCAGCUGAUAGCCGUCAGUUGCUUCUGCUUCCUCUUCAUGGUUGCCGAAAUAGUUGGAGGAACCCUCGCGAACAGUCUUGCCAUUGCAACUGAUGCCACACACCUGGCUUGUGAUCUCACAGGAUUUCUCAUCAGUUUGUUUUCCAUCUGGAUUGCUAAGAAGCCUCCAUCCAAGAAACUUUCAUUUGGUUACUAUCGAGCAGCAGAAGUGAUCGGGGCACUUUGCAGCAUCCUGUUGAUCUGGGUGGUCACCGUCAUCCUGGUCGCCAUGGCUGUGAAGCGGAUUCAAAACAACGAGUUUGAGGUCGGCGGCCAGCCCAUGAUCAUCACUGCAUCACUCGGAGUCAUCUUCAACAUCAUCAUGGGUGUGGUAUUGCACAGUGGUCUAUGUAAAAGCUGUAGUAACAUCAAAACAUCAUUUGGUCAUGGUCAUUCCCACGGAGGUCAUGGUCAUUCCCACGAAGAGCGCCACACGAGGUUGUCGUUCAAGGGCUCGACCAACAUAAACGUUCGAGCUGCAUUCAUCCACGUUGUUGGUGACCUCAUCCAGAGCGUUGGUGUCUUCGUCGCUGCUAUCAUCAUUAUGAUCAAGCCGGAGUACAAACUAGCCGAUCCCAUAUGCACAUUCAUCUUCUCCUUCCUUGUGCUCUGCACCACGCUAACUGUCCUUCGAGAUGUAGGAAACAUCAUUAUGGAAGGUGUUCCCAGGUCCAUCAGUUACUCAUCCGUGAAGCAAUCAUUAUCAUCACUGCCCGGGGUCAUUUCAGUGCAUUCACUCAACAUUUGGUCGCUAACAGUGGACAAGAUAGCCCUGAAUGUCCACCUCGCCAUCGAGGACACAACGGAUUGGCGGAAGGUUCUGCAGACAUCUGUUCAACUACUGCGCACCCAGUACAACAUCGACCAUCCAACCGUUCAAGUGGAACCUUACAACGACCUGGACAUGAGGGACUGCAUACGAUGCCUGCAUCCAUAA